AUCUUCUCUGGCAGAUUGCGUGUGUAUGAGUUACCAUGUACAGCAAAUACCACCAGUGAACUAGUAGUUGUUCAUCUGCUAAACGUCCCAGGACUCGCUCAGUGCUCUCAGAGGAAGCAAACGCCGAGAUACACAGCACGCAGCCUAAGUUUUUUUCUGUACUAUUGCCAGUAGAUCAAACAAAGUCGGUUGUUACAGCAUCAUCACGAAAAUGAAUUGGACAUCAACAUCACCAGCAAUGAUGCUAUUGCUUUUGUUGCAUGCAACAGGCCUAGCUCAAGAACAAGCAACUGCAGGCGAAGAGUCUGUCGAGUUAUUGCCAUCAGAUGUUCCAAUGACUAUGAUGGAAAGGUUGACGCGGGGACAAGAUGCAGGAAUAAAGGAAUUUUUCAAUCUAAGGACGAGCUUGGGUACCAUUACUGGAGUGAAAGAGCCAACUCAACCUCCCCAUCAUCCAAACACGCACAUGCAUGCCUUCAGAGGUAUCCCAUAUGCAAAGGCCCCUGUCGGAGAUUUGCGUUUCGCCGACCCCGUAGACCUGUUGGGUCCGUGGCCAGGGAACUAUCUUAAUGCCAGUAAACUUGGGUCAUUCUGCCCUCAAUAUGAUGUGGAAAGCAAGAGUGUUUUGGGAAAUGAAGAUUGUCUUUUCCUCAAUGUUCAUACACCAUCCCGUCUAGAUGAGAAAAACCGAGCAGAGGGCAGCCUCCUCCCAGUGUUUGUCUUUAUCCAUGGAGGUGGUUACAUCAGAGGGUCAUCGUCCCCCCACGGAGCUGGAAAACUCCUUUCUAGGGAUGUCAUUGUUGUUACCAUCAAUUAUCGUCUUGGAGCACUAGGGUACCUCAGCAUGGUGGAUUCAGUUCUGCCUGGUAAUUUUGGGAUGCUUGACCAAGUCUCGGCUCUCAGGUGGGUUCGGAGAAACAUUGCUCAGUUUGGAGGGGACCCAAACCAAGUCACAAUAGGAGGUUUCUCUGCUGGAGCUGCUUCUGUUCACCUUCACAUGCAUUCUCCCCUAUCCAAAGGCUUAUUUCACCGCGCAAUAAUGUUAAGUGGAGCUGCUUCAUGCUUCUGGGCUUUGAGGAAUGAUCAGCGAGAUCCCUGCAAUACAGCACAAUUACUGGCACACAAAUUAGGAUGCCCUUCUGGAAAUUCAAAGGACUUACGGGAAUGCGUUGCCUCCAAGACCUUCGAACAAAUCGUCAAAGCCCAAGGUUCAUUGUUUCUGUACGAAUUUUUCCCAAGCAUGUAUUUUGCUGUAAUUGAUGGAGGGCUUCGCCAUGCUCCCUUCCUCCCAGCACCUCUAAAGGAGUUAACCCUUCGUCCAACACCCACAGUUAUAAGCUUUGUCCCCCAGGAAGGUCUGCUUUUCGCCUGUCUCAUGUUCGUACUGUCGAAGCAGCCACACAAUGCAACAGCUCUCUACAGUGAGUUGGCACGAUACGCCUUCAUGCACUGGCCGGAUCCUGAAGCUGAAGAACUCGUGAAGGACUUGGCUGAAGCUUUUUAUUACAGCGAACAUGCCAAAACAUCUCGCGAUGUUUUAUUGGAACAACUCACAGAUGCAUUAACCGAUUACCUCCUUUUGGAUUGCGGUUGGGAGGCAGCUUCAUCCAUUGCUGAAUCUGGAGCACCUGUUUACACUUCUGUCAUGACUCACCGCGACCCCAACACUCCAACAUGGUCAGGAUCCCUUUAUAAGAAACUGAAGAAGAUGGGAAUCAAGACAUCGGCUCUUGAUACAUUUGUGUCCCAUGGUGAUGACCUCCUUUACCUCUUCGAUUUUCCUUACGUCCUCAAGGAAGAGUCCAGCAGAGAUCAGAGGGUGGGCCAGAUGAUUCUCCAGAUGUGGGCCAAUUUCAUCAUCACUGGAAAUCUUCAAGAAGACUUGGGUCGAUUUUAUUUGGGGGACAUUCCAAAAUGGGAACCUAUUGUACCUCACCAGCCUGUUGGCUACUAUGAGAUAGCUGUUGAGCCCUCCAUGGUACAUAGGCCCUUUAAUGUGAAGGAACUAAACUUCUGGAGGAAUAUUGUGCCAAACCCAGAUUUACGGCAUGGCUUUCGCGCGAGUCAGAUUCUGCAAGAUGUCAACAAACAAACCAUUAUGGGUGAAUGCCGAUCCAACGAGCAUUGCGAUCUGUCGCCUUAAGAGAUCUGUCUUUAUGAUUGUUUAUAUUAUCGUAUUCUGCCAACAGCAACAAGAAGAAUCUAUUUCAAAAUAACGCACUACCAUCUCUAACAAUUUACAGAUUAGUCGAUAUUCUUAUGUAAGGAUUCCUUGAGACUUGAGUUUUCUUCCUGUGAAAGAAAAUCGCCUCCUUUAAUUCUCCUAUACAUUACUCGUAAUUAAAGAAAACGUUUUUGCCGUAAACAAUUCUUUUUAUAAAGAUUUUCAGUACAAGGUGAUAUUCAAUACCAUGUGCAUGAAUAGAAUAGCUCAGUGACACUUUAAUAAAUUUUACAACAGAAUAUUAGAUUUAAGAUUUUGGUGAACUGCACUCAUAGACAUUAAAAUGAAGGAGAGUAAAAUUUUUAAGGCACUCUUUCUCUGGAAGGUCUAAGCAUCAUUCUUGGAUUAAUAGCUAGAUUGUAGUAACCAAUAGGAUGGCGGGGCUGAAGUGGUUCUCAUUUCAGAAUACCGGUUUUGCUGUAGUUCUCCAGGCCAUCUUGUGGAUCCCUGGGUUUUAGGAAACAAGAAUAAAAGGAAAAUUGGUCACUUUUGGAUAUCAAUGUUCUUAUAUUUAUGCAAGCACAAGUUAUUUAUCAUCAAGAAGGUAGCAUAUAAGAUAAAGUAGUACUUUCUUCAGCAAUAGAAAUGGCUCGCCUAUUUAACAAAAUGCAUAGAAAAAGGAUGCUAUGAUCCCCAAAGGAUUUUCUCCAUUGAUGACCCUAUCUGCCUUCUAUCCAUAGCUUUAUUUUUUCCAGUAUAGAUGACUGCUUAAGAAAUCAAUACCCACAUAACAUGGAAUAAUUUCUUUCUCCUUUAUCCGGGCUUUUGUAUGUCUAAAAAUUAUUGUGGUCUUGAUUUCUAAAUAUUAAUAAUAAUGAUACCAGAUGAGAAAGAAAGAAAGAAAGAAAGAAAGAAAGAAAAUUGAUAAGUAUCAAGACCUGAAAAUAGAAAUAAGAAGGAUAUGUGAUAUGCCAGUGGAAAUUGUACCCAUAAUCAUAGGAACACUAGGCACAAUCCUAAGACCCCUGAAAAGGAACCUGGAAAAACUAGGUGCUGAAGUAGCUCCAGGACUCAUGCACAAGAGUGUGCUACUAGAAACAGUGCGCAUAGUAAGAAAAGCAAUGGACUCCUAAGGAGGCAGGAUGCAAACCUGGAACCCCAAACUAUAAAAACCACUCAAUCGAAUAGGAUGAAUGUGAUAGACCAAAUAUAUAUAUAUAUAUAUAUAUAUAUAUAUAUAUAUAUAUAUAUAUAUAUAUAUAUAUAUAUAA